AUGGCCGACUCGUCGACGUUCGAGUCUCUCCCCAAUGAGUUGAUCUUAUUGAUCCUGUCCUGUGAGCCGCCCAACCGCCUACCGUACAGCAUGCAGCAGACACUGACCAGGGGCACAAAUGCAGACCUCGAGCCGAGCCACAUCGCCACGCUACAGCUCCUCUCGAAGAGGCUGCUGCGCAUAUGCCGUGAUAACCUCUUCUGGCGAGGGCGAUGCCACCUCGAGUCUUCUUUCCUCGAAGGCGUCAACCUCCGGCGAGGUCUCCGAUUCUCGGACGAGGAUGAACCCAUCGUCAACACCGUGUUAGGCAUCCGGAGCCCCGAGCCGGGGACUGCGCAAUGGAGCUCAGCAAGUACUGUCAAGCAGGAACGCAUUCGGAUCGCGGCGAAUUGGGACCCUACAUUUCCGGGCGAGAAGGUGAAUUGGUACGACGAGUACAUACAUCGGAACGGCCCCAUUGCUGUCAAUUGGUUAGAGCAGCCUCAGGUCAGCGAUGGAGAUAUGAGGGACAUCAUUGAAGUCAAGGGUGCAGCUCUAUAUCAACCAAGCCAAGGAGGACAGGAGCUUUUCGCAGUGGCUCCUUUGGACGACGGUUCGGUAUGCUUGUGGGAUGUCAAAGGCACCCGCUCCAGCAAAGGAUCCCUUGUUUCGAAGAGCGAGGAAGGGCUGCUACGUCUUGACAACCCAAUCCUUUCUUCUAGAUCAAGAAUGGCAAGCAUCGGGGUAACAGAAUGUGUCAGCGUCGAUAGCAGCCGAAACAGGGCGUUCUUUGCUGUUCAAAGUCAUCUUAUGGAGGUUGAUUUACAGACGUUGCAAAUCGUAAGCCACCAGCCGUACGAGUGGACUAUCACUACACUAUCUGCUGUUCAACCUGGCGUGCCGUUGACAGUCGGCACAUUUCAUGGGAUACAUCUCUUUGAUUCGAGAAGCAGCCGUGAGAUCAAGCGAGAUCGUCAAGAGCGCAUUGAUGAGUUCGACCGCUUCGGACUUCGGGACCUUGCCAGGGCAUUAGAUCCGAGUCCCCUUCCCCCGUACGCCCCACUGGCGCAAAACGGACCCGAAAGUAUACUUCAUCUAGAGCGUCCCGGCUGCAAAGGACUCAUAUCCGAUGACAUCUUCGUGGCUGGCAGAUUCUCAAGUAUACUACACUACGACCGCCGAAUGUUUCCCACCAUCAAAGGGUCAAUCCAUUCGGGGGCAAGAUUAUGUAGCUUGGCAUCAUUGCCUUACCCCUUUUCAUGCGUCGACAGUGAACUUCGUCGACGUGGAGAACUCUCCAUCGAUCAACUUGAGUCCUCCAAGAGCGUCCCUGGAGGUCGGGCCCUGAUUGCUGCUGGAGAGUAUAACACGAAAGGAUCAUUGGAAAUCUACGGGUUAACACCGUCACCAAGUCAAGCGGAUGGGAGCCACGCCCUGUUCCAAAAUUCAACAAUGAAAAAUCGUCAGACGGCGUCCAAGGCCAAGCUUUUGUCUGUGAUCAACCACGGCACACGCAUCGUGUUCUCGGAUGGCGAUGGUUUCCUCAAGUGGGUUGAGAGGGAUGGUUUCACUGAAGUUCGCCGUCAUAAGAUUGGACAUGGCGAGAAGGUAGCCCAGCGGUCUCUCUUCGCCUCCAUGCCCGGGUCUGACGAGAUUGCGCGGAAGAUACUAUCGACCCAGACCGCCGGAAGCGGCGGGGGUGACACCGUCAACAACGAUGACAUUCUUUUCUGGACGGGCGAGAAACUAGGCCUCGUUAAUUUCACCCUGAAGCCUGGUUUCAGUGCAGAAGACUUUGAACAUGACAGCAGAACGCCUGAAGAGAUUGCUGCCGAAAAAGAGGAGCAGCUGUUCAGCGACAGGAUGAGGCGUGCUCUUGAGCGGCAGGCUAACGACGUUAAGUUCGUUCGAUACCUUGGGGCUGGUAUUCGCCCCGGGAUGUAA